CAAAUUAUAAUUUCCAAUCUAGAAAAUUUCUCAUUCAAAGUGUAGAAAAGAAAAAGAUUUCUGGGAAAAUUAUUAAUUUUCUUUUAACGCGUUUGACUAUUUCCAACUUUUCAUUGAACAAUCAACAAUAUCAUUCUCUUUUUUCGCUCACCUACUGAUUGCAACAUGUAUGUAUCUGUUAUAUAUGUAUGUGUAUAUGAACAUAUAUAAGAAUAUAAACUUUAGAGUUCCAUUGCACCACAAACUCCUUUGUUUUCAUUCUUCUUCUUUUUCAAUUUUAUUUUUUUGUUUUUUCUUUCAAUUAUUAUGGCUGCUGAAGCUCUUACAGAAGAUCAAAUCGCUGAUUUUCGUGAAGCCUUUUGUUUAAUCGACAAGGAUGCUGAUGGAUUCAUCACUAUGGAAGAGCUAGGGGCAGUAAUUCAGUCAUUGGAUGUACAUCCCACCAAGAAUGAAAUUAGAGAUAUGAUAAGUGAAGUUGAUGUUGAUAAUAACGGGACGAUAGAUUUUGACGAGUUUCUAAAUGUGAUGGCUAGGAAAAUGAAGGACAAUGUUACUGAGGAGCUAAAAGAAGCCUUCAAAGUGUUUGAUAGGGACCAAGAUGGUUAUAUCUCAGCUUUUGAGUUGAGAAAUGUAAUGAUAAAUUUGGGAGAGAGAUUGACAGACGACGAGGCAGAACAAAUGAUUCGAGAAGCCGAUUUGGAUGGCGAUGGCCGAGUGAGUUAUGAAGAGUUCGCCAGGAUAAUGACAAUCAGUUGAUCCCAUUUUAACAUGUGAUAUAUAUUAGAUGAAACUUCAAAAUUGUAAGAAGAAUCUUUCAUAUAUGUUUGUUUGUUCGUAUCAUUUGUCCUCACUGUAUAUUAGGAUACUGAAGUUAGAUUUACAAUAAAGAGCAAAUAAAUGUGCUUUUUUUAAACCCUUUUUA